AUGUCGACGCAUUACAACCCCAUCUUCAUCGACGCUACUCCGACGCUGCACGAGGACGAUCUUCGCCCGCCGACUCAUCGUGCACGACUCCGACACGAGAUCUCGGGCUUCCUGGUCGGGAAACUUCGCGAGGUGUCUGGCAACAAGGAUGCGCAGAUGCACUACGCCGCGAAGCCCUAUGCCAGCGAGACCGUGAUCAGAGAGCGCUGCAAGAUCCUGGGGUGGCCAGAGGACAUACCGUUCAAGCCCCUCAGCGAGAUCCGCGGUGGCGUCGGCCCACUCCUCGAGCUCCGCCGGCGCUGGAACCUCCCGGACGGCCACAAGCACAAGCUGCGCAUCGAGCGCGCAACGCGCGAGGACGCCUUGGCCGCUGCACGCGACCACACCAGCGUCCACCCGAACCUGUUCCAGCUUGAGCAGGAGCGGAAGGAGGCGGCGCGCCGCGCGAACUUGAAGGCUGCGGCAAACACCAUGUUCGUUGUGUCAUACACAUGGCACCCUAGCGACCUCCGCUUCUUCGGCAUCAAACUCACCACCACGCAGCCAGGCGGGAAGCGCAAGCGGAGCCAGAGGGUGGACACAUGCAAGCGGCGCGCGAGGGCAUCGGACACCUCGCUCCAAGUGCGCAAGAAGCUGCCGAUGCGGGGCAUCACGAGCAUGCGGUACGUGAUCCCUGGGCUGGACGGGGUGAGCGGCGGUGGUGACGGGAGGGCGGCGAAGAGGGCGCGGCUGGAGGACUGGCCUGUGGAUGACCCUAUCACGGAGUUCGAGUUGUUGACCGAGUUUGGCGGGCGGCUCUCCAUCCACGAGGUGUCCGAGUCGACGUAG